AUGACCGCAGCCUCUACUUGGACAAAUAUGCCUACUGCCUCCACGAUGAUGGCAGUUCGAUCCUUUCAUUCCACAGAUCCAGUAUGGAUGCCAGUUCGACGUCGCAGACGUGCUCGGCAGACAGAGAACGAAGAAAAAUCGGAGGGUCAACCAGCAGAGAAUCCGCUGAAGCAUGUGCCGAUGACAGAUACUUUGGCCUUCUGUCACGAAGCAAGUGCGUUGCUGACAAAGCUUCAGAAGGCUUUGGAACCGAUGAAGGCACAAAAUGAUACAUUCAUCGUGACACGGGUGGAUGGUGAUAUAGGAGAGAUCAUGACGAUUGACUUGGGCCCGAAAGAUGGAUCUUAUCGUAUUGAGAUUAGCGAAAUGGAACACAUGUUCGAAUAUACAAGUCCCAUUAGCGGGAAGGUUUUGUAUGUCCUAAGUGACGAAACGAAGGAAUGGGUUGGAAUCGAAGAUGGCCACUCCUUUGAAGGCUUGCUUGUUCGAGAUUUAAUUCGCCAGUGCCGCGGUCUGCCUGAUUUGUAG